CUUGAUUGCUGACAUGAUCACUCCCUGAGCUAAUGAACACUCUAGCGCCUUUGAUUCCGCAGCUGUGUGUAUUAUUAUUAACUGAACACACGGAUCACAUGACGUUCCACUGGCAGGAGCGCAGCCUUCUAGCAUUGGCGGCACUCGUCUUCCUGUUGACUGUAGCUCCCAGGCUCCAGUGUGAGCCCAUGCCGGAGCGCACUGGUGCCCAGUAUAACGCCACACAAGCCUUCGUCGUCUCGCGUCUCUCCGCCCAGCCGGCCGCUGCAAGUCGGCAUUGCCAGUCGCUCUCCUUGAAGGCACGAAUGGAUAAAUAAGGAACGAGAAUGGCGGAUAGAGAAAAAAGAAAACCUUCUCCGUCUGGAUCCCCUUUUCUGGGAUUGCAGAUUGCGUCGCCGCCAAAUUUCAGGCUUACUCAUGAUAUCAGCCUGGAAGAGUUUGAGGAUGAGGAUCUCUCAGAGAUAACAGAGAUUACAGAUGAAUGUGGGGUGAGCCUGAACUGCAAUGACCACCUGGACAUCAAGCACCAUGUGACCCGGGAUACCAAUAGCACAGCGGGGAUAGCAGGUGGGAGUGAGGCCAGCAAGCUGCAGGCAGAAAUGCUUCAGCUGGAUUUGAUUGAUGCUGUGGAUGAGAUACAAGACGAGGAAGCAGAGUUGCCCAUCAAGGAGCCUCCCGUGAAAGAACCCCUUCCUGUUACCAUGGACGCCUACAGACCUAAGCGGCCAACCACCCUAAAUCUCUUUCCACAGGUGCCUCGGACUCAGGACACCCUGAAUAACAACUCGUUUGGGAAGAAGUACAGCUGGCAGGAAAAAGUCUCCCGGUCGUCGUCACCCUUGAAGACAGGAGAGCUGACCCCAACCCAUGACCACAUCUGCUUAAGUGACGAAGAUAAAGUUCAGCACAACACCACGCAGACCAAAGACAAAGGCACCUCCACUGAUGCUCCUUGCCGUCGCACCUCUUCAACUCAGAGCACUGGGGGCACACGGUCCAAACUCCAUGAAAAACCCACAUCGGGCCUACAACAGCAGCAGCAACAACAGCAUCACAGUAAAGGUUCUUCAGAAGGUCACAGGGACCGCAUUCGUUACCACACAGAUGUACGGCUAGAGGCCACUGAGGAAAUCUACUUAACCCCUGUCCAGAAAAAUUCAGACUCCUUGGAGCAUGAUAAACCCUUCCUCUCUCAGUCCAGUGAAAACCGCAUGUCCAUUAGUUCAGACAUAGACACUACACAUUGCCAGUCACUGCCCAACAGAACAAACCCUUCAAUUAGCGAAGAAGAUGAAGUGUAUACCACUACAAAUACCUCAUCAGUAGAUCACAAGAUGAAUGUUAAAAGAACAGCAGAUCAUGGAGGUGAUGCUUUUCAGGCAGCCUCUUAUAUUCCACGGACGUCUGUCAGCUCUGAGGCCAGUGGCCUCUCUUAUGAUUCGGUCAAAUAUACUUUAGUGGUAGAUGAAAACAUGCAGCUGGAACUGGUGAGUCUCAAGCAGUGCUAUUCUGGUUACAGCGAUGACAGUGACUCUGCAACCAUCUAUGACAACUGUGUGUCCUCACCCUAUGAGUCCGCUAUUGGUGAGGAAUACGAGGAAGAUGCAUUGAAACGGGACUCGGUGUGCCUCUCUGAAGACUCUACUCCUGAAGUAGACAUGCCUUUCACCAAGAAAUUUCUUAAUGUCUUCAUGAAUGGACGAUCACGAUCCUCAAGUGCUGAUUCAUUUGGGUUGUUUUCCUGUGUAAUAAAUGGGGAAGAACGAGACCAGAGUCAUCGUGCUGUGUUCAGGUUCAUCCCACGACACGAUGAUGAGCUCGAGCUGGAUGUGGAUGACCCUCUGCUGGUGGAGGUUCAGGCAGAUGAUUACUGGUAUGAAGCCUACAAUAUGCGGACAGGCGAGAGGGGUAUCUUUCCGGCAUUCUAUGCUAUUGAGGUGGCUAAGGAGCCUGAGCACUUUAAAGAAAUGGCAAAAAGCAGCGACUGGGUGGACAAAUUCCAUGUAAAAUUCCUUGGUUCUGUGCAAGUGCCGUAUCACAAAGGGAAUGAUGUUCUGUGUGCUGCUAUGCAAAAGAUUGCAACUAACAGACGAGUAACAGUGCAAUUACACCCACCUUCUAGCUGUAUUUUAGAAAUUAGUAUACGAGGAAUAAAAAUUGCGGUUCAAGAAGAUGCCAGCAGUGACUAUGAAAGGGAAUUUGCUUGUGCCGGAAGGAAAUUGGAAAGAAUGUUUGCCUUAGAAUCUGGGGGUAACAGGUGCAGCCAUUUCUUCCAGCUAAAGAAUAUUUCCUUUUGUGGGUAUCAUCCAAAGAACAACAAGUACUUUGGGUUUAUUACUAAGCACCCAGCUGAUCACAGGUUUGCCUGUCAUGUCUUUGUUUCAGAAGAAUCUACCAAACCUCUUGCAGAAUCCGUAGGGAGAGCAUUCCAACAGUUUUAUAAAGAAUAUGUGGAAUACACAUGCCCAACAGAAGACAUAUAUUUGGAAUAGAAGCACGAGCUGGCCUUUGUACAUUAACAUGUAUGAUAAUCCAUUGCAUGAUGGAGAAAAUAUGUACAAAAUAUUACAUUCAGUUUACAAAAGGACAACUGCUGAUUUGUCAAGAAAACGUUGUUGGAGAAUAAUUAAAGUACAAAAAGUAUGCAAGGAGAAGGAAGAGCACCAGUUUUGUGCAAUCAUGGUUUAGUUAUUAAAUAAAUUACAGAAGAUAUCAAGUGGAAAUCAGAAACAGGCAUUCUCUUUCAGCCUCCUACACUCUUCAUGCAAAAAGCAGAAGUCUGACCAUUUCUACUAAGUAUUUUGGUUAAAAAAAAAAAAAAAACUUAAUGCCAAUGUGAUUUAGAAAAUAUAAGAUGGUCCAUUGCCCACCUUUUUUCUUAGCACAAAGGGAUGAACAAAUUAUACAAUGUCUUGUUUGGACUUGGACUAGAAAUGACUCAAUAACAGUGAAGGCAUGGAAGAUUUAAAGCACUAUUUAUGUCUUUCUUUGGGGAAAUUAUAUGGAAAAGAACAUAAAUGUUCUUAUUCUGACAGUAUUAAUUAGAUAAAAUUUGAUUUAAGAGCAUUGGGUAUUGGAAAUGAAUGGCAGUGGAAAAGGGAGGCAGCCUGCUGUGAGGUGCAUAUGACGUUACAUUAAUGAAAUAAACUCCAUAACUUUCUUUGGGCAUUAAACAAAAAAAGUACUGCAUUGCAGAUAAAGACAUUCUGUAAGUUUGAUGGAAGGUUUUUUUAUAGCUCCCAGCUAAUAUAUUGAUUGCACAAAUUGUCUAAUUUUAUAUUGUUAUUUAGCUGUUCCAUCUAGACAUUUGUUCAGCCAUGUCUGUUAGAAUUCAAACAUAUUUACUCAUGUCUAGCCGGGGUUCUGAACAUAAAAAGGUUUGUGGUUGCACUUCUAAUAUGAGACUAACACUCACUCAGUCCACCUCCGGACACUUAGUAGAGCACACCGAGCAAGUGAGCUAACUAAGCAAAUGCUUGUGUUUCUGCAGCUUGUGUGAGGCCCCCCAAACUUACACUUUUUCAGCACUUACAUAAUGUCAGGGGAAUAGUGGGCGUCUCAAAAUGGAAACACUGCUUAGAGUCCCAACAAGACUAGAAACGGCCCUCAUAGAAGAGCCAGCGGUACAAUUACUAAAUCUCUGACUGAAUGGCUUUUAUGCCACAUAUCAUUCAGGCUUUGAUUCGAUUUGUUUUCUUCUGAGCCCACCGUAUUAGGGU